AUGGUUCUCUUAACUUGGUUCAUCUAUUGCUCAUCUUUCGUUAUUUUGGCUGGAUCUCAAAUGACAGUUGGUCUACCACCAUUACGAUCGAACGACAUGGUUAUUCCGGUUUCCAAUCGUUUUCUGAUCCGUUCCCCUAUCACUCAGCGAUCGAUUUCUCCCUUCCAAGUGAUGCAAAAGCUGUCCGAUGUUCCAGAUGAUGGAGAAACAUUUAGAGAAGGACCCCUAGACACAAAUUCCAAAUUAACAACGCGUCUCGUAUGGAACGCAUUCCAAUCAGAUAUCAAUCAACGAAUCGAGAGCGAGUACAUGUGGGUUCCGCUGAAAGUGAUUUCGGGUUACGGUCAAAUUGUGUCUGGCAUGCAAUAUGAUAUUCGAGUGCUGGCGGGAACCUCAAAUUGCUCGAGAUUUGAAGUCAAUGCGUAUACGAUUCAGGAGAGAGGAUGUGUUCAUUUUAAUGGACCAAAACGGGCGAUUUUCAACAUUAUCGUAAUGGAGAGAAGCUCGAAAAGUUGGUCGCCAUUCAUUCCAGACUGGGAGAGAGUGUUCUCGACUGUCGAGAGAGAAGUUGCAGAUAAUGAAGACUGGUAA